AUGGAGUUUUUUGAGUAAUUCAACAAAAAGGAAAUCACAGAAGAGAAAUUUGUAGAAUAGUUGUCCACUCUGACUACAAAAAUACAAAAGAAAAGCACUUUGACUCCUGAAUAAAUUCUUUAAGUAAAUUAAUAAAUAGAAAUAAUUGAUGAUUCGUGUUUCAAUUCUCACGUAGAAUUAUUCAUCAAAUUUGCCCUUUAUCUAUCAAAUAGAGGAGUCUAUCAACUUUUGUAUCAACUAAGCUGGGAUAAGAUCCUAUUUCACAAGGAUAAUACCGAUGAAAAUCUAUUAGGAUUAUACAUCAUUAAACGUGUAUAUCAUUCUGAAAAUCAUAAAGUUCUUAUUAUCUUUUUGAAUGACAUCUUACGAUAACAAAAAACAGUUGAAAAGAAAUUUGUUCUUCUAGAAAUAUUUGUGUAAAUACUUCCAAAAAUAGAGAAAAGGGAAAUUCAUUUGGCAGUUGUUUUCCCUGUUAUACUGAUUGUAAUCAAUGAAGGAUUGCAGAAAUACUUGAAAUAUAAAUAAUAGCAAAUUCAAAAUGAUUUGAAUGAAGACAAUAAGUUCACUAAAUUGUAUAUGGCCAAUUUUCAAAAUUGGACUGUCUCAUUUUUCAAAAGAAUUUUCGAUUCAAUUAAGAAGUUUCCAGAAAUCAAGACUUAAUCUGUAGCUAUACGAGAAUUAUAUGGCAUUGAUUCUAAAUAUGAUUACUUUGAUAAUUAAUUAAGCAGAAAACCUGAAGAUCCUAAGUUAGUUGUCAAACAUUAUAUUUUGUUAUUUCUAUCCGAUUUAAUACAAGGAGUUCUGGAGGCUGAGUAAUCAAUGAAAGACUCUCAAUUAGAUCCAGAGGUUAUUCAAUCUCUUAUAACACAAGCAAAUUAAAUGAUUUAUGAGAUUCAUGAUAAUAAAUUGGAGAUUAUAGAAAACUAUAUAAAUUGGAUAAGAUUCAGCAUUUAAUUUGAUUAAGAAUUACCUCAAUAAUACUAACAUUACACAAAUGAAUAGACAUACAAUCCUGCAUUUAUUUGUUAUUUAACCAAGGAAUUGUUGACAAACAGUAGUUUGGAGUCAAUAUUGACAGUAGAUUAUAAGUUGAAAAUCUUAAUUGGAGUUUUAUACGAAUAAAAAAAACUAACAGCUUUUAAAUGUGACAUUUAGAGCAAAUUGAUAGGCUUAAUAGUUAAGUAUUUAAACUUAAGAGAUGUUUCUCUAAAAUUUAAAUCAGCCAACCAUUUCACUACUCCAUUUGAUAUAAUACUCCUGUUAAUAAUGGAGAAAGCAGGAUCUGGAUUGACUGAUGAAAAGCCUUACAUUUCAGCUUGGAAAUAAGCUCAAAAUUCAUUCAUCCCUGAAGUGUGGACAAGAAUAGUAGAAUAGUGCAUAAACAAAUCUCAAAAUUAUGUUUUGCUAUCAUAUUUAGUUAAUGAAAUUAGAAGUGCUUAUACAUAAUUAGACAAUUAAAUUUUAAUCAAAAAUUAUGAUAUACUGAUUUCAGCUAUAUUUAGGAAAGAAGUAGGAAAUAUUGAUGCCAAAGUUUUAUUGUUUGAUUCAGCAACACUAUUAAUUUAACAAUUGAAUUUGAAAAAGAUAGAUCUACAUAAGAUAUUUGACUAAAAAUGGAAACCGUUAUUAAAGAAAUAUCAAAAAGAUAUCCAGUAAUCCAUUGAUUAUUUGGAAACAAGAAAGAAAGAAGGAGAAGAGUAAAAACUAAAGGAUGAUCAAGUGUUUUAGGCAAUUUUGGGAUAAGAGAAUAAUUUAAGGAUAGCUUAUUACAAUUUGAACAAGGUAUUGGAGUGA